AUGUUGGUGGUCUGGUCCUUUCCAAAACUGGUCAAGGACCUUUCCCAUAACGAGAUUGGUGUUUUAGAUGCUCAGAUGUUGGAAAGCCUGACUUCUCUGGCAAAACUAGAUAUAAGCCACAACAAGAUUUCUACAUUAGAAGAUGGACUAUUUGAUAAUUUAUUUAAUUUAAGUGAAAUAAACUUAAGUUGGAACCCGUUUGUUUGUGACUGCAAGCUUUCCUGGCUGCCCCGCUGGGUGGAAGAGAGGAGAGUGAGGGUUGCUGCGGCGUGGGACACGCGGUGUGCCCACCCCCCCGCGCUGGCAAACCUCUCCCUCUUCGAGGUCUCCUUCCUCAAUGCUACUUGUGGAGCUCAAUACAUAACGUGUCUGACAAGCAACCACACCGAAGGGGCUGAACUUGUCAUCCUCUUCACGUCUGCUCACCCUGGGAACCUCUCCGAGGAGACCUGCAGUGCCCUCUGUUAUGCUGAAGACCAGGAAUAUGGAGGUUUCAGCCCCCAGGGGCAGUGUCUCUGUGGUGCUGUCCACGAAACAAACUCUUCCUCUGGUUGUUUGCCAUUUUGCACUGAGCAUUGGUCCGGGCAGGCCUGUGGUGGCCCAUCACUUGUCCCCUCUCCCUUCCAGGCACAGCUGCCCGUGUCUUUCACAGGACUCCAGCCCCGGUACAGCCUCCACCAGGCUGUGCUCUUCAAUGUCAGUAUUCCCAUUGCAGUCAGCACUUUACUGUGGGAAUUUGGGGACCAGACAGAGGUUCUCAACAGCACUGGAAAUGCAGCUGUCCACAUGUAUGCCUUACCUGGGCAGUACAAUGUCACUGCCACCAUCUUUGUGGGCACCAAGGUCUUAAAUGUGCAGGCAGAAAUUGAGGUGGUGGCUCCACCCCAACAGUUAGAACUGCAGUGCCCUUCCUUGGUCAAGACAAAUGAGAGUCUGGACAUACGGAUCCGCAACAGAGGUGGCACUGGCCUGGCAGUGUCCUACAGUGUCACCACGGAGGCUGGAGAGCUGGGCAGGGCAGUUCACCCCAUGUGUCCUCCUGAUGGCUUGGUGUUCCCGGGCAAUAACCACUGCUACCAGCUGGUGGUGGAGAAGGCUGAGUGGCUGGAGGCCCAGCAGCACUGCAAGGACCAUGGCAGUGGAGAUCUGGCUUUUGUGAGCAGCCCUGAGAUCCAGAGCUUCUUGGUCGCUCAUGUCAUCAGGAGCCUCGAUGUCUGGAUUGGAUUCAAUGAUUUUGCAAGCCCUGGAGCACAGCAGAGAGGUGAAGGAUUUAAUCUGGAGAGCUGUCAGAACUGGCUGCCAGGAGAGCCCCAUCCCUCCAACGCUGACCACUGUGUCCGGAUGGGCCCAACGGGCCAGUGCAACACGGACCUGUGCAUGGCCAAGCACAGCUACGUCUGCGAGUACAAGCCAGAAGGAGUUCUCUUAAAUGCUGAAAACUUCUUCGUGGGUGACCCUGUGUUUGACACACGUGAAGCUGUGAGGAGCGUGACAGAAGAUGUGCUGUCAGCUCCAUGGCAAGCUGUGGAGGUGAUGGUGUUCCCUGAGCUGGCGUUCAGGAACGAGGGAUAUUUGACUGCCCUGGAGUUUGUGGCACAGGAUCUGCAUCAGCCUGUUCAAGUGAGGUUCCAGGUGCAUAGACCAAUAGAUGGAGAAGAUUACCAGGAGGGAGAAAAUACUACAGAACCCUUUCCCACUGCUCAGGAUGAUGGGAACUGGACUCUAGUUGAAUGUCCUCCUGGUUUCCAGUGGUGUCAUUUGACUAAUUUGUGCUCAUCACUUAACAACUGCUGCAACACGACCGAGUGUGCCAACAGUUCUCUUGCCAGCAGCCCUGCCCCUGCUCCCCCUCAGCACGAUGGGAGCCAGCUCAGCUACGAACUCCUCAAGGAAUUUCUCUUCACAGUACCAGCUGGCCCUUCUUCCCAGUAUCUGGUCACAUUCAGAAAAGAAAGUAUUUUUGUCAUGGCCAAGGACAUCUUCAGUAUCCAGCACGAUGCAGGCUUGGGCUCCCUCCUGCAGUGCCAGCCCAGCACCACAUCCCCCUACAGAACCAACGUCUUCAGCACGAACUCCUCGGAGUGGGCAGGGGGCCUGUCUGGCAGCCCCACUGAUGCCCCCUGGGUGAACAGCACUGUCUGCUCUCUCCGGGUUCACUACGCUGAGGAGCAGCUGGUCCCAGUGAUCAGCCCCUCCAACGUGGGGCUGGAGCACCCAGGUCGCUACACGGUCAGAGCCAGCGUGGACAACGGGGUCUUCAGCACCAACCUGUCCUGCAGCUUCUGGGUGUCCUCCUGGGUGUCAGGGCUGCGUGUCAUCCACCCGGCCCCUCAAGGCAGCAGGGUCUACCUGCCAUCCAACCACACUACCCUGGUGGUCAAGCUCUCCUCGGGGGUGAACGCAACAGCCAGCUGGCUGGGGGACAACCACACCUUCCCCUUCCAAGGGUCCUGCCCCGUGGCUGUGGCAGCGCUGACAGCAGAGUGUGCCCGGGAGACCAACGACACCUGGUUUGCUGUGGUGACCCUGGGCGGGCUCAGGGGGGGGCUGAGCACCCACGUGCUUGUUGCAGAGAACGCCGUGAGCUCCCAGAACAUCACGGUGGUGGUGAAGGUGGAGGAGCCCAUCCGUGGGCUGCGGGCCACCCCAGACCCCGAGAUUCAGCUGGAGGUCUCCAGGGAAGUGCUGUGCAUGCUUUUCCCUUGCACUAGUAUAAAAUGUCCUCAUGCCUUUCAGAGCUACGUCCCUGUGAUGGAAGCUGGGUCAGAUGUGACCUUCCGAUGGACAGUAGAUGAUAAGCCAUCUUUCACUUUUUACAAUGUUGUCUUCAACGUUAUCUACCAAAGCCCAGCUGUGUACAAGCUUUCGCUCACCGCCUCCAACCACGUCAGUAACUUUACGGUCAAUUACAAUGUCACGGUGGAGAUGAUGAAUAAGAUGAAGAACCUGACUGUGGUGGGUGUCCUGCCAGUCCUCCCUCAGAACAGCACCGUGGAGCUGACAGCAAGGGUUCGGGUUGAUUCAGCUGUGGAUGCUCUGUUCCUGUGGGAUUUUGGAGAUGGUGUCCAAGAGACAUACCUGUUCACACCUCCCUACAACAAGUCAUUCCUUGUUCCUGAUCCCAGUGUCCACGAGGUUGUGAUUGAGCACAAUGUUUCACAUGUCUAUCAAGAGCCAGGUGAAUACAUCCUGAUGGUUCUUGUGUCAAACCAGUUUGAGAACCUCACCCACUUGGCCCCAGUUCAGGUCCACAGUUACCUGGUGGAUGUGAAGAUGGAAGCAGAGGAGGAUGUUUUGGUUGUGAACCGUCCGGUCACCUUCAGAGCUGAUCCACUGCCAUCUCCUCAUGGCGUGGUGUACACCUGGGACUUUGGGGAUGGGUCCUCACAGUUCACAGCCAGCCAGCCUACUGUGACCCACAGCUACCCCAGGAGAGGGGUGUACAACGUCACCGUGACAGCCAACAACACUGUCAGCAGUGUGGAGACAGUCGAGUGCUACCAAGUGUUUGAAGAGAUAACUGGGCUCCGUGUUUCUGCAGAGGAGGCAGCAGAGCUGGGGGCCUCUGUGACCCUCAAUGCCUCGGUGCUGACAGGGGACAGCAUCACCUGGAUAUUUGACAUGGGGGACGGGACGGUGCUGAGGAGUCAGCAGCCUGUGGUAGAACACACGUACGUAAAGGACAUCAACUGCACUGUGAAUGUGACAGCUAUGAAUCCUGUCAACUCCAUCUCCCAAACCGUGCCUGUUCGGAUCUUUGUCCUGGAAGUGCUCAAGAUAGAGCCAACUUCUUGCAUCCCCGAGCACCCCGACGUGCAGCUCACUGCCCACGUGACAGGGAGUCGUGCUGAAUACAUCUUUGACUGGACUUUUGGAGACGGCUCGUCCAACGUCACCGUCAGCGGGGACCCUGUGGUGAUGCACAACUUCACCCGAAGCGGGACGUUCCCCCUCUCCCUGACUCUCUCCAGCAGGUUUAACAAGGCUCACUACUUCACCAGUGUCUGUGUGGAGCCAGAGAUUGUCAACGUCACCCUUCUCCCUUCCAAGCAGUUUGUGAGGCUCGGUGAAGAGAGCAGCUUCCAGGUCAGUGCCCUGCCCCUCUACCAGUACCGCUACCGCUGGGAUUUCGGGAACAAUGAGUCCACUAGAUCAAGUGGGACUGAAGUCACCUACACCUACAAGAACACAGGGGUCUUCCUGGUCACAGUGACCGUCUCCAACAAUGUCUCUUUCAACAAUGACACAGCGUUUGUGGAAGUCCAGGAACCAGUUGGGAUAGCAAAGAUUGAAUAUAAUGGGACAGACGUUUUGGAGCUGAACCAGGUCUACCUGUUCUCUGCCAGCAUGAAUGGGACCAAAGUGAGCUACUGCUGGGACUUUGGAGAUGGCACUACUCAGCCUGGGCAAAGUGCUACCCACUCCUACAACAGCACUGGCCAUUACACCAUUAGUGUGAUGGGCCAGAAUGAUGUGAGCUUUAAUGAGACCAUCAUCGAUGUCACAGUGAAACGCCGGCUCCAGGGGCUGACCAUCAAUGCCAGCAGGACCGUGGUGCCCCUGAACGGGUCGGUGAGCUUUGUGGCCACACUGGUAGCUGGCACUGCCACCCGCUACUCAUGGAUCCUCUGUGACCGCUGCACUCCUAUCCAAGGCUCCUCCACCAUUUCCUACACUUUCCGCUCCGUGGGGACGUUCAAUGUCAUUGUGACAGCAGAGAACAAGAUCAGCUCCUUGCAGGACAGCAUCUAUGUCUACGUGCUGGAGCAGAUUGAAGGUCUGCAGGUGGCUAGCAGUGACCUGGUGGAGGGCAUGUAUUUCCCAACCAACAAAACACUCCAUUUGCAGGCAGUGGUGAGAGAGGGAACAAACAUCUCUUACAGCUGGGUGGCCCAAAGGGAUGGCAAUGCUAUGCAGACCUUCACUGGGAAGACCUUCUCCUUGAGUGUCCUAGAAGCUGGAAACUACACUGUCUAUCUGAAAGCCACUAAUAUGCUGGGAUAUGCAACUGCUAACAGGACACUGGAGUUUGUUGAAAGCAUUGGUCUCCUGAAGCCUCAUGCCUUCCCCAACCCAGCUGCUAUUAAUGCCUCUGUUAACAUAAGUGCCACGGUAACCAGGGGCACUGGCAUCACCUAUGUUUGGUACCUGGAGGAUGGCUUCUCUCCUGUCACCUCUGAGCCCUUCAUCAUACACUCCUUCCAAAGCCCUGGGGUGAUAGAAGUUGUUAUUGGAGCAGAAAACAAGCUGGAUUCAACCAAUGCAACAAUUUAUGUCUGUGUGGAGGAGGUCAUCGAGGGGCUGAGCAUAGGGACUGCAGAACUGGACUGCAGGUACGUCUCCUCAGGCUCCACGGUGGUCUUUGAGGGGGAGCUGCAGAAAGGGACAGAAGUGACGUGGCUUUGGGAGGUGCCAAAUGGCACGUUGAGUGGGCAGUCCGUGGCAGUCCUGUUCCCCACCGCGGGGUUUUACACCCUCCACCUGAACGCAUCGAACGACGUCAGCUGGGCCCUGGCCAGCAGGAACAUCUCAGUGCUGGACAGGAUUCAAGGACUGGAAGUUCUUGCCAGCAAGAAGGUGGUGGAGCCAGGGGAAAGGGUCACCUUUGUGAUCAGGAUGUUGUCAGGUACCUCUGUGAGUUACUUGGUGAGCAUCAGUGGGGACUACUCUGUGGAGCUCAAUAGCUCCAGGUACACGCACGAGUUCACCAAGAGUGGUGAUUAUUUGGUGACAGUGACAGUGCAGAACCAGAUCAGCAUUGCACAUGCCCAGGUGCUCAUCUCUGUCCUGGAGGCCAUCCACGAUGUCAGGCUCCUGAACUGCUGUGAGGAGGGCAUACCCACUGGCACGGAGAAGAACUUCAGUGCCCAGGUGGGAAGCGGCUCCCGUGUGUCAUUCUCCUGGCAGUUCUCCCUCUGGAAAGAGCAAGGCCGAUCCGUGGUCACUGUGUCAGGAGAGACUGUUUCCUACACUCCAGAAGCUGCAGGGCUGCUCAAGAUUCACCUCCAUGCCUUCAAUGACUUGGGAGGUGUCAAUAUCACCAGAACCAUCCAUGUCCAAGACCCCAUAGUGCAAGUCUCCCUCCUUGCCUCCAAUGCCUUUGUCAACAGGACAGCGCUGUUUGAAGCAGCGGUGGUGCCCAGCAGCAGGAGUGUUGAGUUCCUGUGGACCUUUGGGGAUGGCUCUUCCACUCAAAUGACCAGGGUUCCAGUGGCCAACUAUUCUUACCUGAGCCCUGGGGAUUACCUGGUGGAGGUGAAUGCCACCAACCUCAUCAGCUUCUUCAUAGCCCACCUAACUGUCACUGUCAAGGUCCUGGAGUGCGAGGAGCCGGAGGUGGAGUUGGCCCUGCCCCCUCAGGUUGUCAUGAAACGGUCACAGAGGAACUACCUGGAGGCACAGAUUGACCUCCGAGGGUGCAUCAAGUACCAGACAGCCCACCUGUGGGAGAUCUACCAAGCACCUAGCUGCAUGUGGAACUUGGAUAACUCCAGCCGGAUCCAUCUGCCAAACGUUGAUGUGAACAGGCCCCAGCUGGUGAUACCAAAGCUUGCCCUGCAAGUUGGGAACUAUUGCUUCAUCUUUAUUGUCUCCUUUGGAGACACCCCACUGUCCAAAAGAAUCUUUGCCAAUGUAACUGUGAUACCGAGUAAGCUGGUCCCCAUCAUUGAUGGGGGGUCAUACCGGGUCUGGUCCAACACUCAGGACUUAAUCUUGGAUGGGGAGAAAUCCUAUGACCCGAACUUGGAUGAUGGUGAACAGACUCCGUUGUUGUACGAAUGGUCUUGUACCUCCUCCUCCAAGAGCUCGGCUGCAGGGUGCUCUCUGAAUUUCAGUGCCAAGGAAGGAAUUGUCACAAUUUCCAAAGCUGUAUUAGAAGCAGAUGUGGAGUACACGUUCGACCUCACCGUCAGGAAGGAGGGUAUGAGCCCCGAGGCAACAAACCAAACCGUAUUCAUCAAGAGAGGGGGAGUCCCUAUCGUGUCCCUGGAGUGUGUUUCCUGCAAGGCUCAGUCUGUCUAUGAAGUCAGCAAGAGCUCCUAUGUCUACCUGGAGGGGACCUGCCAGAACUGCCACAACGACUCCAAGAUUGGGAGGUGGGCGGCGCACAGCUUCAAAAACAAGACUCUUGUCCUGGACAAAACAACGACCUCCACUGGUGACACAGGCAUGAACCUGGUGCUGAGGCAAGGGGCGCUGCGGGACGGGGAGGGUUACACCUUCACCCUGCACAUCACCGACCUGACCACGGGGGAGGAGGGAUUCGCCUCCAUCGACCUGCUCCCCAACCAGCCACCCGUUGGAGGGUCCUGCCGGCUGUUCCCCGAGGGACCCCUCAGGGCCCUGAUGGCAAAGGUGCACUUUGAGUGUUCAGGCUGGCGGGACACGGAGGACGCGGCGGCCCCGCUGGUGUACAUCCUGCAGGCCGCCCGGCGCCGCGCCGGCCACCACCACGAGUUCUGCGUCUACAAGGGCAGCCGAGCCGAGCACGGAGCCUUCCUGCCCCCCGGCUUCCAGGAGAACGGCUUCCUGGUGUCCGUGUCCGUGCUGGUGCAGGACCAGCUGGGAGCCACCGUGGUGGCCGUGAACCGCUCCAUGGAAAUCAGCUUGCCCGAGGGCUUCCCCAGCCUCUCCCACUGGCUCUACAAUCAAACUGACACUGUGCUCCAGGGCUUAGUGAAACAAGCGGACCCUCAGCAGGUCAUUGAGUACUCUCUGGCCCUCAUCACCAUCCUAAAUGAGUAUGAGCGCUCCAUGCUUCUGGAACCUGAGACUGGGAAUGAAUUCGAACUCCGGAUCUGGACUCGCAACAACAUCACGGAAACCCUGAACUCUCUGAAGGUGAACACAGUUGAUGACAUCCAGCAGAUCUCUGCUGCCUUGGCCCAGUGCACGGUGGUGAGCAAGGAGCUGGUUUGCAAGUCAUGCCUGACAAGGACCUUGAACAAGCUGGAGACCAUGAUGACCAUUCUGCAAGGGGAAACAACCCAGGGCACUGUGACACCAACUGGGAUCGCUGACAACAUCCUCAACAUCACAGGUGACCUAAUUCACCUGGUCAAUUCAGCUUCACAAGAACCCAAGCCCCAGGAGAUGCUGGCUGAUUCCCACAACUUGCUGCUGGCCCCCAAAGCCUACAACCUGUCUUCCAGCCUGAUGCGCAUCCUCAUGAAGUCUCGAGUGCUGAAUGAAGAGCCCCUUGAGCUGGUGGGAGGAGAAAUUAAGGCCAUGGGCAAGCGGUCUGAUCCCUUCAACUUGCUUUGCUACGAGAACACACCAAACUGCCAGUUCUCCAUCCCCCAGGCGUUCAACACCACCCUGUCCAACCUGACAGAUGUCAUUCAGGUUAUGUUCCAGGUGGACUCCAAUCCUUUCCCUUUUGGUUACAUCAGCAACUACACUGUGUCCACAAAGGUGGCCUCCAUGGAGUUCCAGACACACGCCGGGGUGCAGAUCCCCAUUGGGAGCCUGGACUCAGAGAAAGCCAUCACAGUCAUGGUGUCCAACAGCACAGAUGCUGACAAUCUCACUGCUGGCACUGAAGUCAUUGAGCCAAGAACAUCUGUGAGCCUCAUUGUGACAAUGGAGAGCAACAACAGAGAAGCAGGACUGCACUUCCAGCUCACUUACAGAGUCCUGAACGAUCACUACAUUGCCAGUGAGCCUGAGCCCUUCAUCAUGGCUUAUCUCCAUCACCAGCCAGAGCCCAAUGAGCACAACUGUACUGCUGCCAAGAAAAUCAGCCUGGACGCCCUGGCUGGAAGUGACCACAAGCUCUACACCUUCUUCACCUCACCCAGAACGGAUGACACCAUCCAGACCUACUACAUCAACAUCACAAACCAUUUCAGCUGGUCCCCCGUGGAGGUGACCCUGGGGCUGUACACCUCCCUCUGCCAGUACUUCAGUGAGCAGGAGAGACGCUGGAAGACAGAAGGCAUCAUCCCACUGGAAGAGACCAGGCCAGACCAGGCUGUGUGCUUAACUCAGCACCUCACAGCCUUUGGGGCCAGUCUCUUUGUCCCUCCAAACUCCGUCCAGUUCAUCUCUCCUGCUCCAGGCCCAGGUCUCAACUACAUCGUUCUGCUGACCUGUGCCGUCUGCUUUGUGACCUACUCGGUGGCCGCGCUGAUCGUGCACAAGCUGGACAUGAUCGACAUGAACCGGGUGGGAGUGAUUCCCUUCUGUGGGAAGAACGGGCUGUACAAAUAUGAGAUCCUGGUGAAAACUGGCUGGGGCAGAGGAUCAGGCACCACGGCACACGUGGGGAUCGCCCUGUAUGGGGUGGACCAUAAAAGUGGUCACAGACACCUGGAUGGAGAGAACGCCUUCCACCGCAACAGCCUGGACGUGUUCCAGAUCGCGACGGAGCGGAGCCUGGGCAGCAUCUGGCGCAUCCGCGUCUGGCACGACAAUAAAGGACUCAGCCCAUCUUGGUACCUGCAGCAUGUCAUAGUCCGGGACCUACAGAGCAGCAAGAGCUACUUCUUCCUGGUGAAUGACUGGCUGUCGGUGGAGAGCGAAGAGAACGAUGGCCUAGUGGAGAAAGAGGUUUAUGCAGCCAGUGAGACAGAGCUGAGGAGCUUCUCACGGAUCUUCACAGCAGAGCUGCAGCGGGGCUUCUUUGAGAAGCACGUCUGGCUGUCCCUGUGGGACCACCCGCCUCGCAGCCGCUUCACCCGCGUCCAGAGAGCCACCUGCUGCUCCCUCCUCAUCUUCCUCUUCCUCUGUGCCAACGCCGUGUGGUACGGCGUGGUGGGCAACGUACACCUCAGCAAUGGGGCCGUCUCCAACCUGAUCCCUGUCAAUGUGGACACGGUGGCUGUUGGUCUGGUGUCCAGCGUGGUGGUCUAUCCUCUCUACCUGGUCAUCUUAUUUCUCUUCCGGAUGGCUCGUAGCAAGGUCUCCAUCAACCACACCCUGACUCACUCAGACCAGCAGUCCCUGGAAAUCGACAACUACCUGGACUCCUCAAUCCUCGACAGCUCCUUCCCCACCUUCCCUGGGCUCCGGGCAGAGGCCUUCUCUGAGCAAACCAAAACAGAUCUGUUCUUGGAGGACUCCAAAAGCCUCGUGAGGUGGCCCUCCAGUGAGGCCCUGCUGAGCUGGCCAGACCUCCUCAGCGACCCCUCCAUCAUGGGCAACACCAUCCAGAAGCUGAAGAGGGGCCGGGCCAGUCGCCACCUUGGACUUGAGGCCCCGCUGGCAACUGAGGAGGACAGCUUGUCACUUGGGGUUCACCAGGGACAGCCCCGGUACUUCUCGGCCUCAGAUGAGGAUCUGAUCCGGCAGAUCCUGGCAGAUGGAGCCAGUGGCAUCUCCCACUCCCAGGACCUGGGGCCGUACAUGAGGGCUGAAACAGAUCUCAUCUCAGGCCUGUCCAGCGUGUUCGGGGAGAAAGUGGAGACUGUCAUGAUGCAGAAGCUGAAUGACAAAGGCCAGAGCAUGGCAGCUCCCCCCAGGGAAGUGAGCAGAUCAGCCAAGUCCACGUGGACAGUUGCAGACCAAACGUUUCGGAAGCGCCUGCUGCCACCCUGGUGCUCCUCCCUGGCUCAUGGUAUCAGUCUCCUCCUCUUCGCCACCUCCACAGGGGUCUCCGUAUGGAUUGGGGUGGGCUUCUCCUCCAGCGUUGCCCUCAUGUGGCUCAUCUCAGGGAUAUUCAGCUUCCUGGCAUCCUUCUUGGUCUGGGAGCCCCUGAAGGUUCUGCUGGAAGCUCUCUAUUUCUCACUGGUUGCCAAGCGCUUGCACCCCGAGGAAGAUGACACCUUGGUGGAGCACCCACUUGUUGAGCAUGUUUCUGAGAAGAUCAGCAAAGUCCGACCCCCACAGGGGUUUGCCCUUUUCCAGGCCAAGGAGGAGGCCAGGAAGGUCAAACUGCUACACAGGAUGCUGAAGAAUUUCCUCAUCUACAUGAUGUUCUUGCUGGUGAUCCUGCUCACCAACUACGGAGAUGCCUCCCGCAGCAGCAGGGCCUUCCUCCUGCAGAGCUCCAUCAAGCAGCAGCUGGGCAGCAGCGAGUUCCUCCGCAUCAAGAGGUCGGAUCAGUUCUGGGUGUGGAUGUCCCAGGUUUUCCUGCCCUACCUCUACAACAACCGCUCGGGCCAGGAGAGCUGCAGCACCACCCUGGGCACGGCCCGGCUGCGCCAGCUGCGGCUGCAGGGAGCCGAGUGCCAGCUCAGUGCCCAGGGUGUCCUGCGUGGGCUGGGCUUGGCUGCCAGCAGGAGCUGCUCCCACCCCCAGGGCUUCUCCACCGCUGACUGGGCAGCUGGCUGGGGCCAGGCUGGGAACGGGACGGCUGCCUGGGCCUACUCACCGCCCGACCUGACGGGGGUCUGGUACUGGGGUUACAUCUCUUUCUACGAUAGCAGCGGUUACGUCCAGGAGCUGGGGGCUUCUCUGGAGGAAAGCAGGGCUCAGCUGGACUUCCUGCAGCAGCACACUUGGAUUGACAACAUGAGCCGGGCAGUCUUUGUGGAGCUGAUGCAGUACAACCCCAGCGUGGACCUGCACGCUGCCAUCACCCUCCAGCUGGAGUUCCUGGGGGCUGGCCAGGCCAUCACCACCAUCACCAUCAGCCCCUUCCCGCUGCUGCGCCUCAGCGGGGGGGUCACUCUGCAGCUUCUCAUGAUGGUCUUCCUCAUGAUGUUUGUGGUCUACUUCGUGGUGUCUGAGUCACUGUCCAUCAAGAAGGAGGGCAGAGCCUACUUCACCCUGUGGGGCAACUAUGGCCAGUGGGUUUUCAUCCUGCUCACCACGUGCACUGUGGUGGUGCACCUCAGCCAAGCCACCCUUGCUGACCAGCAGUGGCUCAAGUACCUCAACAACCGCAAGGGCUUCACCAACUUCUACCAGGUGGCCUUUCUCAACACCAUCUUCAGCACCUUGGCUGCAUCCCUCCUCUUCCUCCUGACUGUGCAGGCUGCCCGGCAGCUGCGCUUUGUCAGGCAGUGGUCAGUGUUUGGGAAGACCCUUCAGAAGGCUGCGAAGGAGCUGGUGGCUGCGGGACUGGCCUUCACUCUCCUCAUCCUGGCCUACGCUCAGCUCGGCUUCCUGCUCUUCUCCUCCUCCUCGGAGCCCUUCCGCAGCGUUGGCAGCAGCCUCCUGCAGCUCUUCUCCGUGCUGCGGGGCAGCCUGAGCCUCCGGCCCUGCCUGCCCCAGGCCUCGGGCUUUUACUGCUUGUUCUACACCAGCUACAUCAUCCUGGAGCUGUGGAUCGUGCUGAGGCUCUUCACUGUGGUGCUCAUCUACAGCUACCGGGAGAUGCACUUCGAGCUGUACCGCCCGGCCUUCGAGCCGCAGGACUACGAGAUGGUGGAGCUCUUUGUGCGCAGGCUGAAGAUGUGGAUGGGCUUCAGCAAAGCCAAGGAGUUCCGGCACAAGGUGAGGUUCGAAGGGAUGGAGCCGCUGCCGUCCCGCUCCAGCGACUCCAAGUCCUUCCGAGGCCCCACUCCCAGCGCUGCCUCUGACAGCUCCAGGGCUUCCACCUCCUCCAGCCAGCUGGACGGGCUGAGCCUGGUGCUGAGCACCCGGGACAGCCUGGAAGUGGACGCUGACAUCCAGCGCCUCCUUUCCCUCUUCGAGAUGCUGCUGGCCCAGUUCGACCGGGUCAACCAGGUGACGGAGGACCUGUACCGCAUCGAGCACCAGCUGCAGGGCUCCCGGGGCCGCGGGAAGGGCCCCCGGGGGGAUGUCCUCAGCAGGUACGGCGCAGGCAGCGCCCAGCAGGGACCCCUCGCCGAGAUCUCCUCCGACACAGCCCUGCAGCCCCCGCGGGACCCCCCAGGGUCCUCCCACUCUCCUGCCGCCCCGCCGGGCAGCAGGGGCUCCGUGCCCAGCCGGCUUCUCCGAGCCAGCAGAGGCCUCAGCGUGGCAGCUUCCGUGCUGCCCCCGCACAAACCCUGCGUGGCCGGAGCUCCGGCCGUGAAGAAGAAAAGGCCCCUCCGGGCCAAGAACAGGGUGCACCCCACCGUCAAGUAA